CUCUCCUCCCUCUUUGUGCUUCUCGCGUCGCCGCCGCCUGCCGCGUGAGAGGACUGGCUCCGCGCGCUACGGCGGCGGCGCAGUCGGGUCCCCUCCCCCCGGGAGACUUGCAAAGGAGAAGCCGUCGCCGCCGAGGAAAAGCAGCUGCCGGUGCCGGUCCCCGGGGGCGCCAUGGCGACCAGAGCGAACGCCACGCCGCUGGACUUCCCAAGUAAGAAGCGGAAGAGGAGCCGCUGGAACCCAGACACAAUGGAACAGAAGACGGUGAUUCCGGGAAUGUAUGCGGUUAUUCCCGCUGGACUUACUCGAGAACAAGAAGGAGCUUACAUAGUGCAACUGCAGAUAGAAGACCUGACUCGUAAACUGCGCACAGGAGACCUGGGCAUCCCCCCUAACGCUGAGGACAGGUCCCCUUCCCCUGAGCCCAUCUGCAAUAGCGAGGGGAAGCGGCUAAACACACGAGAGUUCCGCACCCACAAAACGCUGGAAGAGGAGCGGCACAACCUCAUCACUGAGAUGGUUGCACUCAACCCGGAUUUUAAGCCACCUGCAGAUUACAAACCUACAGCAACACGUGUGAGUGAUAAAGUCAUGAUUCCACAAGAUGAGUACCCAGAAAUCAACUUUGUGGGGCUGCUCAUUGGGCCCAGAGGGAACACCCUAAAGAACAUAGAGAAGGAGUGCAGUGCGAAGAUUAUGAUCCGGGGGAAAGGAUCUGUGAAAGAAGAGAAGGUUGGGCGCAAAGACAGCCAGAUGUUGCCGGGAGAAGAUGAGCCACUUCAUGCCCUGGUCACCAAUACAGUGGAGAACAUCAAAAAGGCAGUGGAACAGGUAAGAAACAUCUUGAAGCAGGGUAUCGAGACCCCAGAAGACCAGAAUGAUCUACGGAAGAUGCAGCUUCCGGAGUUGGCUUGCUUGAAUGGGACCCUUCUGGAAGGCGACAACAGGAUCUUAAGACCCUGGCAGAUUUCAGAGACCUGCAGCAUUACCAACACCACAGUUUGUACAAAGUGUGGAGGGGCUGGCCACAUCUCUUCAGACUGCUAAUUCCAAAGGCCUCGUUAUCCCCAAUCAGCUCAGGAUAAACCACGGAUGGAUAAAGAAUAUUUGUCCCUCAUGGCUGAACUGGGUGAAGCGCCCGUCCCAGCAUCUGUGGGUUCCACCUCUGGGCCUGCCACCACACCCCUGGCCAGCGCACCUCGUCCUGCUGCUCCCACCAACAACCCACCUUCACCGUCUCUCAUGUCCACCACCCAGAGCCACCCAACCUGGAUGAAUUCUGUCACUUCAGAGAGUCGGCCUUACCACAGCAUGCAUGAAGGUGGUCCUGGUGGGCCCGGAGGCAACCCCCACAGCUUCCCACACCCGUUACCCAGCCUGACAGGUGGGCAUGGCAGACAUCCCAUGCAACAUAACCCCAGUGGACCCCCACCCCCUUGGAUGCAGCCACCACCACCUCCGAUGAACCAGGGCCCCCACCCACCUGGGCACCAUGGCCCUCCUCCAGUGGAUCAGUACCUGGGAAGUACACCCGUGGGCUCUGGGGUCUAUCGCCUGCGUCAGGGAAAAGGUAUGAUGCCGCCGCUGCCACCGCCUCCCAGUGGGCAGCCCCUGCCCCCUCCCUCUGGUCCUCUUCCCCCAUGGCAACAGCAGCAGCAGCAGCUGCCUCCGCCACUCCCUCUGCCCAGCAGCAGUAUGGCUUCCAGUACCCCCUUGCCAUGGCAGCAAAAUACGACGACUGCCACCACAAGCGCUGGCACAGGGUCCAUCCCGCCAUGGCAACAGCAGCAGGCGGCUGCCACAGCUUCUCCAGGAGCCCCUCAGAUGCAAGGCAACCCCACUAUGGUGCCCCUGCCCCCCGGGAUCCAGCAGCCUCUGCCGCCUGGGGCCCCUCCCCCUCCACCGCCGGUUCCGCCCCCUCCUCCUGAGCGUCCCAUGGACCCUUCUAACUUUGUCACCAUAAUGGGCAUGGGGGUGGCCGGCAUGCUGCCCUUCUGGAUGCCUCCAGCUACCCCACUGCCUCCACCACAGAACUAG